AUGUCCGCUGGAAGAUUAAUGAUGCCUAAGGCCUUGAUGCCGUUUAGGGUCCUAUCAAGGUACUCUUCAAGCUCUACUAGUGCCCUUGCUUACAAAACUUUGCAUAGAAACAAGAAAAGGCCCCCUUUGCCCACGUUGGAGACCCCCACUUGGUCAGCCAACGCCGCGGUGUCCAGUAUUAUCUACGAGACACCAGAGCCAUCCAAAGAUCCUUCCACCGAGCACGUUCUUAACUGCUUGGUUCAAAAUGAACCUGGUGUCUUGUCCUUGGUUUCUGGAACUCUUGCUGCUCGUGGAUUCAACAUUGACUCUCUGGUUGUUUGCAACACCGACGUCAAGGAUUUAUCCAGAAUGACAAUAGUUUUGAAUGGACAAGACGCUGUUAUUGAGCAGGCUAGAAGACAAAUUGAGGACUUAGUUCCUGUGUACGCAGUUCUGGAUUACACCAAUGCAGAGAUCAUCAAGAGGGAGCUUUUGUUGGCCAGAGUUUCCCUUCUGGGACCAGAAUACUUCCAACAGCUUAUAGCCCAUCAUAACGGUCUUGAAGAAUCUGCUCCCGACUUGGCUGCUUCUGAGUCUAAAUUUCACCCAACCAACUUGCUACCUUCUGAGAGACUCAGACAGAAGUACCAACAUCUGGACAGCAUUACCAAGUUGGCCCAGCAAUUUGGAGGACGUAUUGUUGAUAUCAGUGAUCGUAACUGUAUCGUUGAGCUUAGUGCUAAACCAUCUAGAGUUACCAGUUUUGUUCAAUUGAUUCAACCUUUUGGAAUCCUCGAGAUUGCUAGAACUGGUAUGAUGGCUGUUCCAAGGACACCACUAGAGGCUGCCGAAUCUGAGACAGUCAAGGACGUAAGUGAUGUUGUAGAUGCUUCCCAGCUUCCUCCAGGUUAG